AUGUUUUUGGGCCAUCUUUCAUUAAUUGCCUUUGGAGCCUGGGCUGUCCACCCGGUGGUGGGCUAUGUGUCCCAACCUAGAGACCAGGAAGGGACAUGUCAGAAGACUACGGUUGCGAUUCUAGGGGCAGGGAUAUCAGGUAUCUCGGCUGCCCAAACUCUGUCGAAAGCGUCGGUGGAUGAUUUCCUUAUCCUGGAAUAUCGCGACCGAAUUGGUGGUCGUGCUUGGCACGAGAAUUUUGGCCAGGACAAAGAUGGGAACCCCUACGUGGUCGAAAUGGGUGCCAACUGGGUGCAAGGACUCGGAAAUCCAGGAGGUCCUGAGAAUCCAAUUUGGACUUUAGCCAAGGAAUUUGGCUUGCAGACGACUUACUCGAACUACAGCAAUGUUUCGACAUACAAUCAGGAUGGCUACAAGGAUUAUUCCCAUCUCCUGGAUGAGUGUGACGAAGCCUACGAUAUUGCAAACCAGGCGGCUGGCAAGAUUCUUGUUGAAAAUCUCCAGGACCAGACGGCAAAGGCCGGAUUGGCGUUGGCAGGAUGGAAGCCGAAGUCGCAUGACAUGGAGGCUCAGGCAGUUGACUGGUGGACGUGGGAUUUCGAGGCCUCUUUCACGCCGCUAGAAAGCUCUUUGGUAUUUGGUAUGGCAAGUGACAAUUUGACCUCGAAUCAGUUCAGCGACCACGAUAACUUCGUCACCGAUCAGCGGGGAUUUAACACUAUCAUCAAGGGCAUGGCCUCCAAGUUCCUGACUGAAGAUGACCCCCGCUUGCUUCUCAAUACCAAAGUCACGAAUAUCACUUACGGACCCGAAGGCGUCACAGUCUACAGUAGCGAUGGGAACUGCGUCCAAGCCGCAUACGCCAUCUGCACAUUCUCCUUGGGCGUCCUGCAGAACGAUGUCGUCACUUUCACCCCGGAGCUGCCAGAGUGGAAGAAGACAGCAAUCCAGAUGUUCACCAUGGGCACAUAUACGAAGAUCUUUUUGCAGUUCAAUGAGACCUUCUGGCCUACGGACACCCAGUACUUCCUAUACGCGGACCCCGCCACUCGUGGCUACUACCCACUCUUCCAGUCCCUAUCCAUGGACGGUUUCCACCCGGGAUCCAACAUCAUCUUCGUGACCGUUACUGACGAGCUUGCCCAGCGGGCCGAACGCCAAUCUGACGAGGAGACUAAGCAAGAAAUUAUGGAGGUCCUGCGUAAAAUGUUCCCUGAUGUGGAUGUUCCUGAACCUACCGCCUUCCUGUAUCCUCGCUGGAACACCGAGCCGUGGUCCUAUGGUAGCUACUCCAACUGGCCCAUGGGCACGACCCUGGAAAUGCAUGAGAACCUGCGGGCCAACACCGACCGACUCUGGUUCUCGGGUGAAGCUACCAGUCCGUCCUACUUUGGUUUCUUGCACGGGGCAUGGUUUGAAGGUCGCGAUGCAGGACGACGGAUUGCUGGGUUGCUGAAUGGAUGCAAGGAAGGGAACUCUACGACUUGUGUCCCCAGGAAACACUAUGAGGUGCUUCAUGGUACCUCGCCGCUUGCCGAUUACAGCUCGGUCAACGGGUGGGAGGUGAGCAGUUUCUAUGACAGUAAUGAUGACUAG